AUGGACGUCGUCAGAGGAUUAUUCAAGAAGAAAGGACUGUCGUCGAGCGAGGCGAAUAAAAACGACAGCUUUCGGAACCGGUACGCCAACGACGAGAGCUUAGAUGAGGAUUUUAAUUGGACAGCAACAGCAACAGCAGGAGCAACAGCGACGGCGAGCGAGGGAGGAGGGGAAGGAGCGCCUCGGAAUACUAAUACUAAUAAUCCGCCGCCGCUGUACGAACAUCGACCGCCUCCGAGAACACGGACGACGGUAUCGAUUGAAGACGAACGAGAAAUUCUCGCAGCGGCGGCGAAAGCGGGGAUUCGAAUCAACGGUCGAGUACCGGAAGUUGGCGAUUUCUUCGCCCAAGCCGCCGCCGCGGGCGAACCCGCGCCGACGAGAACGCGAAGACAUCGACGAUGGAUUCGAAAGCGGAGAGAGAACGAGAAGGAGGCGACGAGGAGAUAUCAUCGCGAGGAUCGCGAGGAGGGAGUGGUAGGAGGAGGAGGAGGAGAAGAAGAUGAAGGAGUAGGCGUUGCGAGAGCGUACCCGCGAGGGGAAGACGAACGGUUCGAAGAGGAGACGAGGAGGGCGAUGGAGGAGAGUCGGAGGGCGUGGGAUGCGGCUGCGGCGGCGGCGGCUGCUGCGGCGUCGGGUAGUAACAACAGUGGUAGUCAUAGCAGAACGAGGGAUAGGAACGAUGAAAACGACGAAGACGAAGAGAAACUUAUGAAAAUCGCGAGCGAAAUGUCCAAAGCGGCGAACGGGGAGAAAUUGAAUUCAAUUCAAAGGCUCGUUUCUGACCUCGAUAUUAAUUCUCGUCUGAAGGCGGCGAAUGUAAAUAAGACGGCAUCGGGCGCCGCCGCAUUGGAAGCGUCGACGGGACGGUCCGUCGGUCGGAAAUUCGCCGCUCGCUUUCAUUUGACGCGAUGUUUAUCCGAAUUUGACGUGUUGGAUGAAAACGCGGAUGGAUUUUACGAUUUUUGGCGAGACGAGAACAGCUCGACGUCGCUUCUAUUCGGCGGCGAGGACGCACCGCUGCCAGAUUUGGGGGAGUUGUUGUCGCUGAGGAAGCAAGGUGCAAGCAACGAUACCCCGAACGAGGAGCAUGCCAUCGCUUACGUAGUGGAUAGAAAGUCGGACGAUAUUCUAAACUCUUUGGACGAGCUCGCGAGAAAGAUACACGCGCAAGACCCUUCAGACGUGGUCGCGAGAGCAAAGGCUCUCGCGAUGCUCGUCUCCAAUCGGUUAGGAGGUGCGUGCGAAACUGAAACGAAAGCCUUCUCUAUCCGCGCGACUGCGAUGCGUGACGAAACGAAAUUGAAAAAAAUCAAUGCCAGCUGCGUCGUACACAUCGGGCAUUUAAGUAUCGGCGCGGAAAAGCAACGUGCGAUUCUUUUCAAAGCUUUAUCUUCGUACGCGGAGGUUCCGUGUCGGUUGUUACGCGGUGGCGUUUAUUGCGACGGCGAUGAGGAUUGCGCGAAAAUAUUCAUCGUCAACAGUAGCAGCGAUAAUGCUACUAAUGGCGCAUCGCGGCAAACAUCAGACGACGAGGCGUUCUUCGCGUCGCUCGGAAACGACGUGGACGUGCGACAAAUCGAUUUGCUCAGAAAUGUAGGGAAGAUGACCUCGCCCGGCGGCGGCGCCGGCGGUAAAAAACCGCUCUCUUCCGUGGAGAAGGAGUUCUUCAGCGCGUCCACCGACUCUGCUUCCGCGAAUGACAUCAAUUUUGACUUCUUCUCUGCAUCAAACGGAGGAGGCGAAGCCAAGAAGAAAGCUCCUCCCUCUUCUUCCAACUUUAAUGAACAAAAGCCGCGAAGCCACGAAAAAGAUCUUUUCGACGAUAUGAUAUCGACGGCGUCGACGCCGUCUUCCUCGUCUGCGAGUCUUUUCGACUUGUCCGAAGUGAAGAUGAAGACGAGUGCCGUUCCCGCGAAAACGUCGUUAACGCCAAAGGAAGAAGCAGCUGAAAAGAAACGAAUUCUCAUCCGUCGCCAAGCCGAGCGCAUCCUCGAGGUUCAAGAAGCCGAGGAAGAGAAGGAGCACACGCGCGAGAUCGAAUUGAAGUUUAGGCAUAAGUUUCACAAAAAGUGGGACAAAGUCGUCAAAAACUUAUCGCUGGGGGAAACGCUCGAAGUUUUCGGCGUGGAGGUGAAAGAUAAGAAGAGCACGAACGAGUUGCGGAAAGCCUAUCGCAGAGCUUUGUUGAAGUUUCACCCCGACCGCCUCGCUCGCGGCGGCGUUAGUGUGCACGACAAAGUGAACGGCGAAGAAAUCUUCAAGAUCAUCAACGGGAAGAUGGAAAAUUCUUAA